CCACGUUUCCCGGGGUCCCAUGACAGAGUCUGUAGACGUAACUGUAUCCGAUCACCUGGAGCAGUCCCACAGCCAACAGCUGUCACAGCAGGUUAACAGUCGGGCGUAACCAUCAGCGGUAUGAAAACAGAAUACGAGUACGGACCUGGCUUUCAGGCCACGGAUGACAUGCGGAGUGCGUUUGAAGAAUUUGGAUAUAUCAUAAUUAGAGGUAUUUUGGACUCGGAGGAAAUCACGAAACUGAGAAGAAGUAUUGAGGACAAUGAGGAGCUGAUGAAGAACUCCUUCGAGCUCUCUGACGGGGAAGAAGGUAAAAGCCGCGCAUGCGUGUGGAGCCAUCCUGGCAAUGACGUGGCUGGAUUGGUUGUCCGUAGUCAGAAAGUUGCUGGAACGUGUGAGAAGCUGAUGGGCGGCGAGGUGUACCACUAUCACUCCAAGCUGAUGAUGAAGGAAGCGAGAACUGGAGGCAAGUUUGUCUGGCACCAGGAUUAUGGAUACUGGUACAAGAACGGUUGUCUGACCCCUGACCUAAUGAGCGUGAUGAUCGCAAUUGACAAGUGUGAGAAGGCUAACGGAUGUUUGCAGGUUCUGGAGAAGUCGCACAAGCGUGGGCGGAUCGAGCACCUGCGGGUCGGGGGACAGACCGGAGCGGACAUAGAGCGGGUGGAGUUCAUCAAGAAGAUCUGCUCGUUAAAAUACGUGGAACUACAGCCAGGUGACGCCCUGUUCUUCCACUCCAACCUCCUGCACAACAGCAGCGCCAACACCAGCGACGACCGACGAUGGGUCCUCAUCCCCGCCUACAACCGACGUUCCAACAACCCAGCGUUCGAACACCACCACCCCCAGUACACAAAGCUGGAUAUCGUUCCAGACGACGCCGUCAAGUCGUGCACGACGUAUGUCGACAACAUUGGGAAGGAAUACAUGGAUCCUGACACCGACAAGACAAUCGUGAAGUUGAACCCUGACCAACAACCCUGAUUGACAACAACAAUUGACAAUCAUUUGACAACCAUGAUUGGACAACAUGGAUAUAUAACACUACUGUUCGAGAAACGUUUCAGGAUUCAUAUAUUGGUAUAUUAAAGGACUGGAAGACAUUCUCUUAUUUCAAAUCUACCCCACUCACAUGUAACGUGCAUUUCUUACGUUCCCUGCUCUAAAUGAUUGGGUGUAUUUAUUUCAGGGUCUGUAUGACAGACUACGAAAAUACUUAUCUGUGCAUAGUUGGAUCCAGAGGGGGUUGCAGGGGUGCCCCCCUUUUCUCCUGAAAGUUUAUUAAAUGACCAUUGAAACUCUCGUGAAAACGGAUGAAAAUGAACUGUACACCCUACCACUCCUUUCUGAACUGUGCUACCCCCUUUCUCAAAAAGCCGUAUCCGCCCCUGUGUGUGGAUACCUAAUCCAUAACAUGUUUUAUGAGCCAUAUGUGCUUUGAGGUUUGUACAUAUACACUACUGUACAAAAAACAAUAUUAUUGUGUUCGCGGCCUUGACAACACAUGGCUAUGCUUCUAUACCAGCCUUGAUAUUCUCCGUAGUUUUUUUUUAUCUCAUGCCCGCCCUGAAUUUUCAUUCCAACGUGAAACAAUUAUAUGUUUGGUUUUCUCAAAUUAUGGAAAUUGAUGCCCUGCUGUGACAAAUAAAGUACUCUUCCCUUGCACAUUCC